GUAUUGCAAAGGUCAGUGAGACUAAUUACCAGGAGUUACUCCCUAGCGUCAGACUUCCGAGUACCCCAUUCCAAGGAAACUACCUAGUCUACUAAAUUUAGAGCACAGUGCAUAUAGUUCAGUGUAUAGCUAUAUCGGACUAUUAGUAGCGACAUCAUUUAUAUAUUGUCCGAUACCAAGAAGCAAUUGAUCAUGGGGACUAUAAAAGAAACUCCAACUCUCUACGUCACAGUACCUGCCGGAUAUCCAACUGAGCGUCAACAGCCAUUCAACUAUUCUCAACAACUAAUUCAAACAAACCUUCUAUCACCAACCACAGCAGCAGCAAUGGCCAACAAGUUUGAGAAAGAAGAGAAAUUUGACUAUUCCAGCAACACUGAGAGUGACUCGGAGUCCAACAACUCCAAGUCACGCUCAGGUAGCAGUUCACCGACUGCCUCGUUCGAAGAGCGAGUUUUUAAUGACACUACUGCACGCAGUGGAGGACCCAAUGCUCCGAACAUUGUUAAGUGCUAUAAAUGCUACAGUACGUGUAAUCUGUGGUAUGUCGUAUACUACUGUGGCCAUUAUAUACACCUGUGCGACAGCUGUCAUCCAUACUAUCAUGUGACUUGUCCAAAUGACCCACAAAGUACUCGAAAAGAAAGCCGAUAAAAACUCUGUUUUACAAUAGUACUUGCAUGUUGUUUUUAGCAUUCUUUUUAUAAAUUUAUUACAGCCUAAAGCACACUUAGGAGAAUGUACACAUGCGUCUCAGAACAAAAGCUACAUAGAAUUUAAUUGUGGUGAUACUGUCAAAGUCUGUAACUGGUGCUACAAAAAUAGAUUUGAUAAUUGCCCCACGCACACUACAAAUGUAAGGAAGUUUUGGUAUUUGUUCUAUUGUCGGUGAUCAGUGUACCAAGAUUGACUGAACUAAAUUAACUUUAUUAUAGCUAAUAACUAUAAUCAUAAUUUAUAGGCAGUAGCAAUGUUAUGGCAACAGCACGUACAUGUACACUUACUACCGCAUAAUAUAAUAAUUAUGGCACUUUUUGUACCUUUAUAUAAUUGUGAAAAUUAUUGUGAGCUUGG